AUGUGUGAGAUAAAUGGGAAAGCAUAUGGACGGCUCUAUGCAAUCAUUAGUGGAGAAAGCAGUGAUUUCAUUGUUAAAUGCGAUGGGAAGAAAGACCAGCAACAAGUUCCAAAAAAUAAAGAGAACUGUCUACUUAACGUAAAUACGAGAGAUAGCAUAAACGUGAAGACUGAGGCGAACAAAGGAAACAGCAGAGAACAAUGA